UAUGUCAUAAUUAGACAAAACAAAAAUUGAAAAAUCUUCAAAUUUUGCUAUAAGGGCAGGUUUUAGCCUUUGCAUUUUCAAAUGUUUUCUAGUCCAUUCUCUUCAACUUGGGACUGAUUUUUCCUCUCUUCUCACCCUCUAAAAGCUCUUUAAACCACGCUUUCAACACUACUCCUCUUUCUUGAUCUCAUUCCUCUAACCCUCAAAUUGAGAUUAAUCUAAUAGGAAAAGCGAAAAACUAAUGGAAAUAGAAAGCCAGAGCAAAUUAAUUAGCACUUCUUGGGAAGGCUAUGCAGAUUGGAGAAAUAGGCCGGCACUCAUCAAUCGUCAUGGUGGCCUGGUUGCUGCAUCCUUUGUCUUAGUGGUGGAGGUGUUGGAAAACUUGGCAUAUCUAGCAAAUGCAAGCAACUUGGUGAUGUACUUGUCAGACUACAUGCACUAUUCACCAUCCAAUUCAGCAAAUUCUGUGACCAAUUUUAUGGGCACCUCUUUCCUACUUGCACUUCUCGGUGGCUUCUUAUCUGAUGCUUUCUUUACAACUUAUCACAUCUAUCUUAUCAGUGCACUCAUUGAAUUUCUGGGUCUGGUGGUACUCACGAUACAAGCUCGUUCAGACUCGAUGAAACCAGGAAAAUGCAAGCCAGACACGCCCUGCGAACAAGUUCACGGUGCACAAGCUGCAAUGCUAUUCAUAGGCCUUUACUUAGUGGCAUUAGGUGUAGGAGGUAUAAAAGGAUCCUUGACACCCCAUGGAGCUGAACAGUUUGAUGGAGAAACUCCACAAGGGAGGAAACAAAGAUCAACUUUCUUCAAUUACUUUGUGUUUUGCCUCUCAUGUGGUGGCCUUAUUGCUGUCACCUUUGUUGUUUGGGUUGAAGACAACAAAGGUUGGCAAUGGGGAUUUGGGAUUUCUACUUUGGCUAUAUUGUUGUCAAUCCCAAUUUUCCUUGCUGGUUCGCCUUUUUAUAGGAACAAGAUCCCUCGCGGAAGUCCUCUAACGACGAUAUCUAAGGUUCUAAUUGCUGCCUUGCUAAAUUCGUGUGCAUCGAGAAAUUCGAGUAGUGCAAUAACAAGUCUGGGAUCAAGCCCUUCUACAAUUCCAGUACUAUCCAAUGAAGAUGAGGAAACUACAGACAACAAAGAGGUAGAAUCAGUCAAUAUUCCAUCGAAAAGUCUGAGAUUCGUUAAUCGGGCAGUUAUAAAGACACCUGCAGCUUGUGGUGCGCUAAAAUGCUCAGUACAAGAAGUAGAAGAAGUGAAAACUGUGAUGAAAAUCCUCCCGAUUUUUGCGUGCACCAUCAUGCUUAACUGUUGCCUUGCUCAACUAUCCACGUUCUCGGUCCAACAAGCUGCAACGAUGGACACGAAAUUUGGCAAGUUAAAAGUACCACCAGCUUCACUUCCCAUUUUCCCUGUACUUUUCAUCAUGAUACUCGCACCAAUUUUCGACUACUUCAUCAUCCCAUUCGCCCGUAAGGUAACUAAGACAGAGAUGGGAAUCACUCACCUCCAACGUAUAGGAAUCGGUUUGUUCCUCUCCGUUGUGGCCAUGGCAAUUGCUGCUCUUGUUGAAAUCAAGCGGAAAAACGUCGCUACUGAAGCAGGACUAAUGGAUUCUACCAAGCCAUUACCUAUUACAUUCUUCUGGAUCGCGUUGCAAUACUUGUUUCUCGGAUCAGCUGAUCUUUUCACUCUAGCUGGGCUACUUGAAUUCUGUUUCUCAGAAGCACCAUUUGGUAUGAGAUCAUUGGCAACAUCUCUCUCUUGGGCUUCAUUAGCCAUAGGAUACUAUCUUAGCACGGUGAUAGUAUCCAUAGUAAAUAGUGUCACAGGAAAUUCGAAGCACCAACCGUGGCUCUCAGGUGGAAAUUUGAGUCACUUCCAUUUGGACAGAUUUUACUGGCUAAUGUGCGUACUCAGCGCAUUGAAUUUCGUACAUUAUCUGUACUGGGCUAGAAAGUACAAAUAUAGAGCAGUAAACUCUUAAGUGAAAAAGUGGGAGCGGAUAUGUAUAGAUUAAAAAUAUAUCGAUUACUGCAGCCUUAUACUGUAAAUAUGUCUGAUGAAUUGCUGGACGCGUUGUCCAAGCAACAGGGCUAGGCCAGCAAAGAGGGAAUAUUGAUCCGGUUUUGAUCUAUUGAUGUAGUCUCCAGCCACUUCACAAGUUGUAUUCACAGCUUUUUGUUAUGUUACAUCUUCAAAUAACAGCUUAAGGUUAUCAAAAUGAGCUAUUUGUUUGA